AUGAAACUGUUUCUAUCACAAAUCCUGUUUCUGACUGCAAAAGCUCAAGAGGCCUCCCAUUCAUCAGACUAUAAUCCUCUUGACGCCCAAAGCCGAACCUUGACUGACUUCACAGACAUCUUUCCCGAUGAAGUUAACUGUACUCUGUCAAAUGGAAACAUCCUCAAUGCCGCAAUCGCCGAAUAUGCCUGUGAUCCACUUCCGCCUCUUGAAAACGGUGAAAUUUUCUGCUACGACAGUUGGAAAAUCGGAACAGUCUGCAUGGGAGUCUGCAAAAAUGGAUGGGUCCUUGAACCGAACAAGAAGAAACGAUGCUUUGCGAAGAAAAAAUGGGACAAGACAAAGCCAGGACAGAGCCCGGUCAAGUGGAACUUUGCUAAGUCACAAUUUGAGUGUGUCAGAGAUUAUCUUGAAUCGCCUUGCUUGACAAACAACGGCGGUUGCUCCCACGAAUGUAUCGACAAAGGAGACAUGCUCCCCAUCUGCGUCUGUCCAUGCGGCCACAGUCUUGCCGAUGAUGGAAAAACCUGCAUCGACAACCAAGAGUGCCCGUUUGACAUUUUGCUCUGGCUGGAUGGAACAAUUUCAGCGUGCGCUAGCGAAGGAUAUCAUGAUGCUCAGAAAGCGACGAUGGCCAAUAUCGCCGACUUUUUCAAUGUUGAGGUAAAUACUUACGACGCUAGAAUCUUCGCCGCCUCCUACGGAAACGGUCGAGUCCAACACGAAGUGUCCAACUGGAACUUCACUUCCGUCCCCGACAUCAUCGACGACCUCGACGUCCUGACAAACGAGUGCGCGGACAACAUCAUGUCCAACGUUUUUCUCGAGCCUAACGAUCGUGCCCACGAUGCUGCUACUGUUUCCUUCGUCUCCAUGGCCGCUGAGCUGCUUGACUCUACCGAAAUGAUCACCUUCAACCGACCAGAAACAGACAUCACCAUCGUCAUGAUGGAGGGAGACGGCGCAACCGAGCAAGCAAAGAUCCAAGCUUCAAUCCUCGCCUGCAAUCACGAAACUUACGAUGUCUGCACCAACAUCAUCAAUCUUAACGAAGGCAUGUCUGCUGGAGAUAUCGAAACGCGAGUAAACCGAGAGCCCUGUUAUAAACGAAAUUAUGCGUCGACCAUUGCCUGCGGCGAGUUCUCAAUGGAGCUUGAUAUCCCUAUCUGCUCAUUGAGAGGGCUUCAGCAGGAAGACAUGAUUUUCAACGCGGGAAAGGGUGGUUCCUGCGCUCCGACUAUGGAAAACAAUGGAACUCAUUACAAAUGGAUAAUCGGAUAUGGAGACUGCGGAACCACGCAAGUUGUCGAUGAAGAUCUCGGAACCGUCACAUUCACGAACAGAAUGCUGACCUGGAUCAAUCAAGAAGCUCCUGUCUUCCCAGUGGUCCCUGAAUUCGAUGUUGAACUGGAAUGCGUUGUUUCGACCAAGUUCGAAUUCGUUUUCCACGGAGACUUCUACCCAGAGCUCACUGCUUUUAGAGGACUUAUCAACAUUGCUGGAACCCAAACUGGUGAUCUUCAAAUCUUCUCCAAUUCCGACUUCACCGAAACUUGGGACGGGAAAGUCAUGGAUACCGGCGUCGACGUGUUCGUCCAAUCAAACGCCACCCUUGUCAGCUCUGGUCAGAAACUCCAAGUGACCGAUUGCGUUGCCAGUCCUGGCGAAAUCGUCGACCUUGCAUCUCCCUCUGGUCAGGCGAUUUGGCCGAUGAUUGAGGCUGGUUGCUUGCUGGACGAGACGGUUCAGAUUCUUGCGAGAGGGCCAAACAACGAAGUCCGAUUUCUUUUUGAAAGUUUCAGAUUCCAUGGCGAGCUUUCUGGAGCCCAGAUCAAUCUCCAGUGCCGAUACAAAGUAUGCGAAGCCGCCGAGUGUCCCUCCCUGGUCACUUGCGCCAACCCAACCAGGAAAAGGAAGCGCCGAACAGCCGCUCCCUCUCGAUUCCACAUCGCGCCACUAUCAAACCUUGCCUAA